AUGUUAUUUUUCGAGUUCAUCCCUCCAAAUUUCAUUGAAAUCCUCGGGAGUCAGCAUGGUUUAUUACAAAUCUUCAAUCAUUAUGGGCAUAUCAAAGGACAUUUCUACCGCCCAAAUGCUAGCUGGGCAUAUAUUACUUAUGGUACAUAUCUUGAAGCAGAAAAUGCCAUAAAAGAUUUACAUAAUAAAUCACCAUUGCAUUUGCAAAUAUCAUUUGCAAAAGAAAAAGGCUCCAGUGAAGUAGCAACAGUGAAGACAUCAGCUUUUAAAAAUGUUGCACAACAAUCUGAAAAUCACAAUGUAACAGCUGUUACAUUUGCAAAUAAGUCAUUAAUACAAACCAGAGGACCAGGCAAGCCCUUAAAUGUAUUUAAAGGGAUUGAACCAAAUCCCACAUUACCACAAUACAUAUGCAUAGAAGAUGAUGAUUUAUUAUAUCCAUAUCCUUCUGAUGCACAUACAUAUAAUCCAUAUGAAAAUGCAGAACCUUAUGCAAGUACAAAUACAUUAUGGACAAGAGGAAAAUUAACUGUUACUCCAGAUGGUAAAAGACAUGUUUCUCUUGGCCGUGGAUAUACUAUGUAUGAUAUCCCAUAUCCAGAUCCUGAAGUUCACAGUUACAUUAGUAGCGUGUAUGAGAAACGUAACUCUGAUUCAUAUGAAUAUGGUGAAGAUAUGUUACAAAGUGCAGUUAAAGUAUGUAAAUUAUGCUCAAAGAAGACAAAAUUUGCUUGUGAAAGGUGUUACUAUACAUUUUAUUGUAGUAAAGAUUGUCUAGUAAAAGAUUGGCCUCGACAUAAGGUUGAAUGUGAAGCAAUUCCAUCUUUAGUAAUGGCUAUGCAAUCUAGACCUACACCACAGUCAAAUACUAGAGAGCAAACAUCUAUCAAAAGUAUUUCUAACGUACAAAUACCACUUCGACGACCGAAAAAUAUUCAACAUAUUAAGCAUACAGAAAAUAAAAUAGACAAAAUAAGAAUACCUGAGAAAAAUCAUUCUUCUUUACCUGAAAAACCACUUCAGAGAGAAAUUCAAAAUCAGAAUGCUAUUAGCGAUUCAAAAGACUUAGACAGUCAUAAGAAAUGGCAAAAGUUUCAUACUGACAAUGUACAAAAGAUAGAAGACGAUAUAUCUUUUUCCAAACAUACAUUCUUAUCUACAUCAGAAUUUAAAGAUGUAAGAAUAGUCAUAAAGGAAAAUCGUGACUUUUGGGUUCAGAAAGUAGAAGACGAAUUUGAAAUUAUGGAGCUAAUGAGUAAUCUACAAAAGGAUGCAGAUAAAGCACAAAUAGUGGAACCAAUAAAUAGAAAUGUGUAUGCUGUAAAAUUUGAAAAUAUAUGGCAUAGAGCUUUAAUUACAUCUUUAUUUCCUACAAAAAUACAUUACAUAGACUUUGGUAAUGAUGAAACCGUUUUAUCAACGGAAGAGUUUCGUGAAAUUAAUAAAUAUAAAAACAUUCCACGAUUUAGUGCUAAAAUUCGUUUAUCGGAUGCAGCAUACGAAAAAUAUAAAGAUCUUAAAUAUGAUAAUGUAAUAAGUGUAAAAAUGAUAUCGAUUGAUUCCAAUGAAGUAAUCAAUGUUGAAGUUAAAGAUGAAAAUAAUAAAUCAAUGCCGAAAGUAACUCAGAUAAAUAAUAAUCCAAUACCACAGAUUCCAAAUACUUCGAAAGCUAAUGAUGAGCCUUUGGUUACUUCAAAGACAUCUAUUAAUAAUAAUAUAUCAAAUACCUUUAAUAAAUUAAAAAGUAUAAUAAGUACUUUGACUGUUGGAAAAACAGGUUUUCUAGAAUUUGGGGCAGAACUAAAGAACAAUACUUAUAGAACAAUACUAAUGCCAAAUGAUGCAGCACCUGAUUAUGAAAAAUUACAGGUUCAUUUAUCUACAAUUUGUUCCCAAAUGACAAAACAUACAAAUCAUAGUCCAAAUAUUGGAGAUAUAAUAUGUGGUCUAAUAGCUAACCAGUGGUAUAGGGGAUGUGUUUUAUCUCUUGAACCCUCUUUAAAAAUGGCUCUAAUAGAUGGAUCCAAUGUACAGACAGUUGAUAAAACCCUACCAUGUCCUGAAAAUUUUUUGGAUAUUUGUACAUUUGGAGCAAUAUGUGAAGUAAUUGAUGCUAAAUAUAAAUUCAGUACAUAUGAUUCACAUAAGUUUAAAGUGAUAACACAAAAUGUUAAUAAGGAACAAGAUAAAAUUGAAAUAGAAAUUAUUAAAGGAAAAGAUAAAUUGAAAGCAUUUGUAAAACCUUGGAUACCAAUGCCUGAACAAACAGGAAUACAAUAUGCAGAAUUAAAAAAUGGAUCUGAGGUAUGCAUUAUGGCCUAUCGAAGUCAUACUCUCUUAUUUGUUCGUUCCUUAGAUACUGCCGAGUUAGAACAUUAUAAUAGUGUUAUGCAAAAAGUUGCAAAGUGUGCUCAAACUUCUGCAUUUUUAGAAGAACCACCAGUUGUUGGACAAAUGGUAAUAGCUAAAUAUGAUGAUACGAAUUACUAUCGUGCGAUUGUUACUAAAAUAGAGGACGAUAAAAUUGCAAUUACAUACGUUGAUUUUGGUAAUACAGAAUUUACAAAUAUAAAGAAACUUAAAUCUUUAACUGAUGAUUUAAAACAGCUCCACAGUUGUAUAACAAAGGUCACUCUAAAUGAUGUACCCGAAGACGUUCCUAUGACAAAAGAUGUAAGUGAUUAUCUUAGUCACUUAGUAGGAACUGAAGUUCGUUUAACGUGUACAUUUAACGGUAUACAUUCUAAAGAUGGUGUACAUCUUAAACUUCAUACUGGAGAAAGUGUUAAUAAAAAAAUAAGUGAAUUACUUGUACCUACAUCAAAGAAAUCUGCUGAGGAAGACAAAACGUGUUAUUUGUUAAAUGAUAUAAGUUCUGCACGCUUAGGAAAUAAUGGCGAUAUUAUUACAGCAGUUAUACUGUAUUGUCUUGGUGAUUAUAUGUAUGCAAUGUGUCCAUUAGAUUAUGAUAUGAUGUAUCACGUUUUUAAUACAUUGUCAGAAAAGAUAAAUGCAUAUUGUAAAACAAGUGAUCAUUACAUUCCCCGUGAGGAAGAGCUUUGUCUUGCUCUCUACAAAGAUGGAUGGUAUCGCGCUGCUUGUGUAUGUCGUAGUUCUACACCUACAACAAGCUCCCUUUUUUUCAUUGAUUAUGGUAAUACCGAGGAUAUUAAUCAUAAAGAUAUACGACUGAUGCCAAGGGAAUUUAUUACAGCCCCUGCAGUUGCAAGUAUUUGUAAUAUUAUUAAUGCAGCUGAUCACGAUGGGCAUCGUUCUCCUAAAAUAAAAGAAAUUUUAGAGCAAGAAGCUACAGGGUCAAUUGAUAGUGUUCCUGUUACAAUAAAAAUUGUCAAUUAUGAUUUGGAAUCAGGAAUGUACAAGGUGGAGCUACACGACUAA